CACAACCAAGCACAAUCAAUUAUCGAUUUUCCAGGAAAGAGACGGCAAUCAAACGUAAAACACCCAUUUACCAUGAACAACCAAGCACACAAUACCUUCCACCAAAUAAAUGAUAUUUACACGAGCCAACCACACACUACAAAUCGAAAGUCAACCGAACAUUGCAAACCCAAACGUCAACCAAAACGCCAGCAUCAAUUGAAAAAUUCAAGGCCAUCCCAAUUUCAAAAACUUCCCAAGGCCACCAAGGCACCAAGGCUCUACGGCGCUGCCCUAUCUUUUAGUCUCUUAGUCAUCUUGUGCGCUGCCGCGGCCCGCUGACGCAGCCGUUGGCACACACACAGGACACCCGUGCACCAGUCACAACGGGUCCUGCACCCGGUCCCCGCACCUGCUGCGCUGCGACCUGCGCUCCGGCACCGCUGCAACAUACGAGCCCUCGCCCUGGCCCUGGCGCCUGACAGCCAUGUGAACCCCGCCAGCUACCUCCUUCUUUUCCUCGCCACUUGUCCAUUCUCCCACACCCGGCCUUUUCUGUGGCCCUUCAGCAAACCGCCGUGCACGUGACCCCCGGCCUGCCUUGCGGCCCUGCUCCAGUCUUCCCGGCCCAUCGCUGUCUGUCCGUUCCUCGCCAUCUGCCCGGCCCCAGAAACAGCCCUUACAUUAGCCGCCCACCCCUU